GACGCGGCGUUCACACUCUCGAUCUCAACUGGUGACGUUUUUCCGAACGGAUUAUCUUCGAAAAGUUUUGGUUUUUUGCAAGAUCAUAACGCAUAAGCUCCCAUAAAUGUCACAGAUCGCUGCCUAAUAUCUUAAAAGAUGGCGGAUAGCAAUAAUGUCCAGACUGAGCUAGCACCAACUGAACCUAUCCUUGUGCCCCAGGCUGAGGAGGCUGCCCCCGUUUUGGUGGCAGAGGCUCCAAUACAAGAGCCGACCACGGUGACAGAUAUUGAGCCUACUACACAACUCACUGGCCAGCCUGUGUCUCAGCAACCCUCGGAGCUCAUCCCCGAAAUCCCGGCCGAUGCUGUUCCAGUCCUCCAGUCAGAGUGCGUUCCCCGGCUCCCGGUCACGGAAGCUGUCCCUGCACCCCAGGACCAGGCCCCUUACAUCAAGGUGGACAGUGUCCCUCCCGAGCUCCUCCCAGAAACUCCAGCUGACAGUAGUGCGCCCAUCCUCCAGUCCGAGCCUGUCUCACAAAUUCCGGUCGAGGCCGUGCAAGUCGCUCAGGAGCUUGCCGCCCAAGUUGAGGGUGCCCCAGAGAUGGUCAUGGCUGCUGGUGAUGCUGUCCUGACUGAAGCCACUCCACAGGAUGCCCAACCUGUCUCUGAACAGGCUCCAGAGGGAGAAUCCAGUAACACUGAGCAGGUGACUGAAACCCCAGUCGACCAGGCCCAGAGUCAGAAUGCCAUGCCCACCCUGGAGCCCCCUGCCAGCGUUCCAGCCUACAAUCCCCAGCAGGCACCACCCCCUAUCUCCCCGCCCAAGAUCACCUCCUACACAGCGGUCCACACCACCACGGGCAUCAUGCGCUACACCCCGGGGAUCAUGUCGGCCCUGGCCGGCAAGUACUCCAACAGCAGCCAGCUUGUAGAGCAGCUGGUCCUCAACUGCGCCGGCUGCAUCUCGCUCUCGGACAUUCGUGUCCUGGACAUGUCCGGCCGCAAGAUCAUGAACCUUGACCCAGCUGUGUUCUCCCGCAUGCCCGACCUGGAGGAGCUUGACCUCUCCUUCAAUAAAAUCAAGGGUUUUGAUACACAAGUUGGACUGAAGAAGCUUCGCUAUUUGAACCUGAAGAAGAACAGCCUGAAGAGUGUGCUCACCCUGGAACAGUUCCCCAACCUGGAGGAGUUGAACAUUGAGGAGAAUGACUUGAGCCCUCCGGACCAGUACAUUGCCGUCUACCUGCUACCCAAGCUCAAGAAACUGAACGGGAAAGAUGUGGACAUCAGGGACACCAUCCAGGCCAUGGAAGACACGCUCAAAGACAGGAUGCUUAAAAUCUGGAAGGAGGAGUUUGCGGCCCGGAACGAGAUACCCCUCAACAAGGCAGAGACCCGAGCCCUGGAGAUGGAGUUUGUCCAGCGUCUAAAGGAGUCGAUCCAGUACGGCCCCAGCUCCCUGGCCGAGUUCUCCAAUCACAUGCUGACAGUUCUUGCUGAGAAGCAUGUAGCCUCCCAGACGGCCUACUGGCGCAAGACAGUCCCUGAGCUGAUCCAGGGCUCAGCAGGCCAGGUCCCUGCAGCCGGCAACAAGGUCAGCAUCAAGCGGCCCAACAAGGAGGAGGCUUCCGGUGAUAUCAGCCCGGUCAAGGCCGAACGGGGAGCCAACGAGGCCAACUCGCUGGCUGCCAGCCUGGAAGCGGCUGUCCUGGGCAAGGAAGCCGCACAGACUGACCCAGAGAAGGAGACCCCCAUGGAGGACGACAGCACCCCUGAGGCACCUGUGGACUCGCCUGCCACGCCCGUCGGCACACCCAAGAAGUCCCCAGCAGGGAACAAGUCUCCUGCCCAGGCAGCUGGAAACAAGUCCCCUGCCCAGACUGCCGCCAGCUCCUCCCAGAAAACCACGCCCAUUAAGGGCCCUGUCAAGGUGAUUGUUGUGAAGAGGCCCAUCUCGAAGGAUGCCAGCACCACCAACGGGGAGGAGCCUAGUCCCAAGAAGAUGAAGGAGGAAGAGGUCCCAAUCAAAAGGAAGCGAGGUCGGCCCUUAGGCUCUGGAGGGAAGUACACCAAGAAAGAAAAGGCAGAAAGUGCGCCAAAGCCAAAAAUGGCCGCACCAGCCAAAGUGACACCUGCUAAAUCUCCGACUGUAAACAGCACAACCAAGAAGGACAAGAAGAUCUCCAGUGGUUACGAGGUGAUCCACAUGCUACGCUGCCAUUCCAUGGAGAACGACCCCACGGAUGCCAAGACCAACGUUUGGAAAUGUGCAUUUGAACCCAGCUUAGAAAAACCGGGUACUAGCAAGUGGACCGUUGCCUCGUGCGGUGGCAACACAGUGUGCAUCACAGACUGCAGCACUGGCAAAGUGCUCAAGAAAUACCAGCAUGCCAAAGACAAAGAGGAGUUCUACUGUGUUGCCUGGACAACCAUCACCAUGGAGCCAGAGGAGGGCAACUCCACCAGCACCAACAUCCUGGCGGUGGCCGGCACGCGAGGCAGUGUCAAGCUCCUCCACACUACCCAGCUACUGUGCUACUCGGAGAUCAAGGGUGACCGUCGACCCAGGCCCAUCAACUCGUUGCUGUUUCACCCCGAACACCCCACCUGGCUGCUGUGUGGAUCUGAAGACAUCAUCAUCUGGGAUAUUGGCAUUCCAGAGGGACCAGAGUACAGGUGUAAAACCAAAAAGAUGUAUCACCUGGCAGCACCUGGUCGCGUGCUGGGCCUCGUGGCACUGCCCUCGUCUGACUUUAUCCUGGCUGGAUGUGAAAACGGUUGCUACGGAUGGAGGACGGACAGCAAGCAGCCCGUAGGGAAAAAGGGCAGGCCUCACUCAGUGGAGUUCCUCCUGCCCAGCAAGGCUCGUCUGGCGGAGGCCAUCAAGGGAGACGAAGAAGAGGAAGAAGGGGAGGGAGACAUGAUUGACGGACUGGCCCUGCUCAACGACAAAUUAGUUGCCAGCAAGGUGGCCUGCGAUGGGGCCAUCCACGUCUGGAACCUGGUCGACGCGCUCAAGAAGAAGCCUAACAACAAGGAGAUAGCCGUGACCCCGCAAUGCACGAUGCAGUGGUGUGACUCGGACAGCGUCUACCUGGACAUUGGCACAUGGCAAGGAUGUGGGUCUCUGGUCAGUGGUGAUGACGAGGGUAAGAUCUGGGUCUAUGACACCUCCAAGCUGCCCGUCAACCCGGUCAAAUCGCCCACCACCAGGAAGCCCAUGCACUUACUGUACUGGCCUGACGAGCAGCCAAACGACAAUGCUUCCACCUCCUCCAAUGAUCACAUCAUCAUCAAUGAUGUAGCCAUCAGCUCCGACUGUAAGUACAUCGUGUCGGUCACCAACCGAAACGUCAUCUGCAUAUGGCGGAAGCUAUAGUAGGCUGAUUGCACACAACGUAUGGGAAGCUGUAGAAAUAUUGAAAUCCCUUGUAAUUUUGUUUUCUAUAGGAUUGUCCUGUGAGUAGCCAAAUUUUGGGUUGGUUGAGAACGUUGAAAAUGACUCUGUAGGGAUCGCAGCAUUUGACCACAAUUAUCACACAAUUUUAUCUGAUGUUGGGAAAACUUUUAAGAGUGUUUACCUGUGGGUUGCCAUUCGAAAACUUGGCUCAGUAGGUCCAUGUGUGCCAACCAGGGCUCUAGAGUGGGAACCAGUUUGGAGCUGUUGCCCCUCGCAUGCCAGCUUGGCUGGUAAAGUUUAUUGGGGGGGAUGUUGUGUUUAUUCUGAUGAGUAUUACCCACUAGGCCCCUGUCGAUCGGAAGCAAUCAUUAUAACAGCAGAGUGAUGUCAGAAAUCAUUCACAAAGCCUCCUGUUGUUUUGCGUAUUCUGUAAUUUUCACUCAGUAUUUCUGGCCUGUGGUUUUGAAAAGUAGUGCAGGGAAAUCCAAGAGAAUUUAUUUUACUAUGAAGUGGACAGCUUUCUGUUGGUUUUUUAAAACUGAAAUUUUUUGGUUCCAAUUUGUUGGAGACUUUGUAUGAGCGACUGAAGCACUGAUAGCAGCAGCCAUCUUGGUCAUGUUCCAAGAGUGUGAAUGAAAGAGUGCGCACUCCAUUGUGAAGGUUGUCGGGGGCCUGUUUUUUUUUUUUUAGGGCUUCAGUGCCUCCUGCCAUAAGUCCUGGUCUUUUUGCACUCAAAACCCAAGAUGGCUGCCUUUUAAUCUGUCAUUUUGGUAGAUGCUGAUUUUUAAUAAUGUAUAGAGGAUUCAGAUGGAACAUCAUUUUGUAAUGACUGAAUCGUGUAAAAUUGUGAAUGGGGUCAAAUUUUGGAGGGAAAAAUAAUGGAAUGCAAAUGGAAUGAAAUGACUGAAUAAUGGGAUCAGUUAAUAACAAAGACCGUUCACUAACUCAGAGAUUUCUCAUGAUGACAUGGGUGAACACAAUUUGUUUGGAGUAGCUGGAUUGAUCUGUGAUGUAGUUGCUGAACAGACCGAUUGCACCCAUUAAGUCAUGUGAUCUGUAGUGGAUAUCAAACAUAAGCAAGCAUAACGUCCUGCCAUGGCAAAGUGUGUCAUAAGUGUCAUUUACUACAAAUAAAGCUGACAGUUAUUUCUUAGACUACUGAUGUGCUGAGCACUAUAUCAAAAUUGGCAUUACUUUUGGUUAACAACACUUACGACACAUGUUGCUAUGGAAGGAUGCCAUGUUUGUUGAUGUUUGAUACCCACUCUAGGUCACGUGACUAUGCUGGCGCCAUCGGUCUGUAGUAACUCCCCAUUGGUCUGUUUGUUUGUUAAUCACUACCUCCACUGUGGAGGCCUCUUGCACUUGUUAGUGCCCUUACCUAUGAGACCACUCCCAUGUAACCAGUUUCCUGAGCAAAGUCAAGGAUGGUAUCACUCUCUUGAUAUUGCCUCUCCCAUUUUGAUAAAAUUUCACAUGAUUUUUAGAGAAAAAUGACGGCAAUUAUGUGUUGUUAAUCUGCCCAUUCAAAUAAAACAGUAUGAUUCGUGGAUGAAACCCAGCAGAAAGCAAAGAAAAAUCAAUUUGUUCCAACAAAGUGUUCAAAUACCUCAGUUAACAAGUUGUAUAUACUCAGUUUAAUGCAUGUUUUUCAAACAGGUAGAAAUAAUCAUUCGUUGACAACUGAUGGUGUUGAAGCAUUGUACAUAGCCUCUUUUUGGUUUUAUUUGGUUUAAUUUUUGUUUCAUAACUGAUCGGAAAUUAAUGCAUUUGUGACUUUAAUGACGCGGAUCUUUCAGGUGAGCGUCUUGAUGAUGUUAGGUAGAUCUCUACAGUUAGAACAAAGUCAUAAACUCAAAGUUGUUUUUAUUUGGCUUCUCAGUUAUUUCUCUCUUUUUUGGCCACCGAGUUGUAGGUUCUAGACUGUCUUGUACAAAGUGUCUCCUAGAUUUUUUAAUGGAAUUCAUUUCUUUGAUUUCAAGUUGUGUAUGAGUUUUAGGAGGUUCUUUUUACUUUUUUUCCGGUAAUUUUUCUGUCAGAAAUGUUUGUGUUCUUAACAGUAGUUGCUGUGCAUCAUAAUUUCCUGUUUUCAGAGUUUUGGGGAAUCAAUUAGUACUAUAAUCCUGUUCAGAUAAGUCUGGAGCAAUCAUCUCAUUUUUGUGAAUUUCUGUAUUUUUUAAUCAUAUUUUUUAUAUCCUGCACCAGUGUUUGGAAACAACAAUAAGUGUAUUUUAGAAAUUUAGAUUCUGUGCUUUGUAGACACACAUUGAAAAAAUUACCUGUUUUUCCCCAAAUCGGUUUGGAUUGAGAUUGGUUACGACAAAAUCCCCAAAAUCAUGGUUUCAGUGUAACAUUGGUUCCAUGGAAAAUUUUGAAAAUUUUAACCAAACAAAAAGUUGGUUACCAACAACUGUGAUAUGCCAAGAGACCAAAUGAAAGCUGUUUUGCAUAAUCUUUGCCCUGAGUGAUGUUUGGCAUUGCUUCUUUUCACGUCUAAUCACCAGCAACGGUUCAUGGUUUUUGUGCUGUUUUAUGCACAGAUUUAAAUUUUAAACCGUUGUAAUGCUGAAGUAGAUUGGGGAACCGAGUAGACUCUCUGAUAUGCUCAAGAUAAGUGUGAUGCUGAUAUUCUUCAAACCUAUGGAGUAAUGGAUGAGUUUGGUGACGUGACUCCAGGUUUUAUUCCCAAGGUCCAGAUGCGUUUGGGGACUUAGGUUCCCCUCUGCAGUCUCAGCUUGGCAGUUCUGACAGGUUUGGGUUUUUUUUAGCUGAUGUAGAGGCCUUGCUGUAGUAAAUGUGUGCAAAGUUGACCAGACAUUUAGGAAACUCUUUGGCCUUGGCAAAAUUAUGAAGGGAGAAUUAUGUAAAUGUGUAAAAUCUUGAACAUGGUCAGACUUGAUCUGCUUUCAUUCCAGUGAAACAAAAUAAAGCAUUGUAUAAGAAAAUAA